CUAAUAUUAUAAGCCGGCUUUUAUUGUCACUCGUGUCGUUUAUUUAUUCGUUUAAUUAAGAAGAUGCGGCUACCGCUGGGUUUGCUGAUCACGUGCUUCAUGAGCGGAGCAGCAGAGACGGUCGACAUGUACAAGAAAGGAGGCGUAGCUGUGCUGUCACCAGGCACCGUUCCCGGUCCCAUCACCAGCGUCACAUGGAAACACGGCGCGGACAUCGCUGUGGAGUGGUACGGAGAGCAACUGGACGCGUACAGAGACUUCAGAGGUCGCUGUGAGGUGAACCUCACCACUGGAGCUCUGAUGAUCUCAAACCUGAGUCUGAAGGACAGCGGCAGCUACACGGCAGAGAUCAACAACAGAGUCAUGGAAACGACUGAAAUCAAAGUCAUCACCGCCGUCCCCAAACCCACCAUCUCCACACACUGCAACCCUGAGGAGACUCAGUGCACUCUCACCUGUAACGCUAACAUACCUGAAACUGCAGGAUCCGUCACCUACUCCUGGAUGAUGGGCGACGUGGUGAAACCUGCAACGAAGCAGCUCGACAUAACAAAGGACGAUACAGAGUCUGUUGGAAAACUGAUCAGCUGUCAGUUGAAAAAUCCAGUCAGCAGUGAACGCAGUGACGACAUCAUGAGCCCGUUCACAAACGGGCCUUCAGUGGCUGUGAUCGCAGCAGCAGUAGUGACUUCAUUGAUUGUGUUGGUUAUUGUCCUGGGACUCCUGGUCCACUGCCGGAUUUGGUGUAAUCACAGAGCAGAAGGUAAAAAUGCAGGUUGUCGUCAGAACGUUGCCUGGUUUAAGAGAAGGAGUUGGCUAAAUUGUGGGGGGGGUCCAGAAUACACACUGGCUCAAGAACAGAGGAAUGGAGUUGCAGAAACAGCUGCUCAGGACCUGACACCUGUUGAGCUUCCAGAGACCACCAGUGACCCUGAAACUACCUCAGAAGUCCAAGAAGAGCUCGAAGGGGACCAAACACCUCCAGGAGUCUGCAGUGAAACAGGAGGAGGAGACAACAUAGGACCAAAGCUGAGGACCAAAGAUUUCUUCAUGCUGUGUGACUCGCUGUGACCUCUGCACCAAAACAAGGGUUUAAAUUCAGAGGAAUAUGUUUGCAAAGUACUCAGCCAAACAUUCGUCCUGAUUCUUGGGAAUGAGUGCAGGCAGGUUUUCUGCCUGUGAAUGGCUCUGUGUGUUUGAUUUUGUAUAACCAAACACAGAGCAAUGUUACAUGUGUGGAUUUUAUCUGAGAGAAAGGCAGCUGGAAAAAACAGACACACAAGAGAGAAUAGUGUUAUUGCUAUUAUUAUUAUUAAAUCAUGCAUUUAGGUUUUAUCAAACAUUCCAAGCUCAGCUUUUUAAUGAUAAAAACAUGCUUGCAUUUCAAUAUUUAUCAGUCAGAAAUCCAAGAAAAUUCCAGAUGUAAGAAAUCAGUCAGUCUUGGAUUUUUGCUGCACAGAUUACUUAUGGCAGCUGAGUUCUUUUGCCACGCCUCAUAAUAAUUUGUAGCAGGCUUAGAGGGGAUGUGAGGGGCAACUCAAAUGACUAGCAGUGUUAAUGACCGACAGAUGAAGAGAGCAGGGGUGUCAUACUUAUUUUAGCUCAUAAAGCUGUGUUUGAUUUCUGGUGGGCUUGACCAGUAAAACCAGUAAUAAGAGUUUUUCCUCUCUAAAGAAUUAUAUUCUGCAAACAUUCACCAGGACCAAGAUUUUACACCAGCUGCAACCAUAAGCCAGAGCAAAGACACCUCUCAUCUGGCUAAAGAAAUUCUUUUAUUUCUUCUUAAAUUAUGUUCUUAUUUAAUGAGUGGUCUGAUUUCAAACAACAGGAAGAUAAUAAGCAGCCUGAGAUCUCUUAAGCACUUUAUAUUAUGAGGGAAAGCCCGUGCAAUAAUUACAGAGAAAGCCCAACUAUCAAAACGACCCUCUAUGAUCAAACUCCCUUUAACAGGAAGAAACCUCCAGCAGAGCCAGGCUCAGGGAGGGGCAGUCAUCUGCUGUGACUGGUUGGGGCUGAGGGGAGAGAGAGACAGGACUGCAGUGCAUGACCAGGAUCUGCAUAAACUUACUGAAAACUUAGUUGUAUAACAGGGAUGAUGCCUGUAGGGCUGUCAUGAAUUCAGAUUUUCAUUAUAUGACUAUACAAUAAUAAUAACAUUGUAAUAUCGUUAUACAUGUGAAAAAAAAAAUAGUGAGGUGCCAAAAUCAUCCUCAGCUUUAUUUGUCUUCAGUAUUUCCCAGAACAGGAGACGAGUAAAGAAAGUCCUGCAGGUCUGAGCAGCACUGAAGGGACAGAGGAGCCAGCAUUAGCUCAACAAUAACAUGUGAAACUGCUGCUGGAUUAUUUAUGCUAUUAUGUGUGAGCAUAACAUGAAGUUUUCAUUGUUAAAUAUCAAUGUGAUAGUUAAUACUAAAAUAAUGAAGUUUGCUUUUACUCUCUAAAAUACUGAUAUUACUAAUAACUGCUGCUUUGAAGUAGAAUAAUGCUCGCAGACCAAGCUUUUAAGGUACAAUAUCUUGAUUCAUACAUAAAAACAAACUACCAAGAAGCACUAAAACAACAGACUGAUAUGAAAAAUGAAAGGAGGGAAUCAAAUAUGACUAAAGGAUCAAAAGCUUUGUAGCACUGAGAGUUUGUUCUUUAAACUGGAGGAGUGACUUUUAGCACCUGCUGCUGCAGUAAAGGAAACUGUUAGUGGUGCAAAAUCCUCCAUUACUGAUGCAAUUAAAGCUGCUGUUAGAGAUUUUUUUUUUCUUCAGCAAAGGCCGUGUGAUCAAUCACAUGUGACGUAUUCCAGGUACAGAAAAAGAGGCGAAGUGUGUUUGUUUUUGUGUGUUAUUUUGUGGCUUUAUCACAGUUACCUCAGAAUUGAAAUGUUCAUUGAGUUCAUUGCAAACACACAGUUAUAGUUUGAACACUUUAAUGGUGCAGAAUGCUGCCUGUGGUGCACUGGAACAUAUUCAGACACUAACUACAGCUGCACCAGCAUCUCAGUGUUCAGACUUUACUUCAGCUCAGUUCAGUUUUAUUUCUAUAGUGUCAAAUCACAACCAGGUGUUUUUCAGUGCAGCCCUCUGCAGCUUGAUCAUUUUAUUUUCCAUCAAACGAUGCAGCAUCCUUUCAUUCCUGUCAGUAUAAAUAUGGAUAUCAGUGUUGAUAUUUUUCUGUUGAGCUUUUUGUGUUUUCAGUGUAUUUAAGAAGGUGCUCCUGCUUUUUAGAUUUUCAUGCUGCUGCAGGUGAAUUAUUUAUUUUUUUAAUAAAGUCAAUUGUGGGAAUACUAAACAGGUAACAUUAAAUAUUCAUAAAGGCAUUUUUGGUAAAGAUUAUCUGCUGUUUUUCUGUUUGUUGUGUUCAUGCUGUCAGAUGUUGUUAAUGUGUGAAUAUGUGAAUUUGUUAUUUCUUUUUGUUACAUUUUUUUUAAAUAGACUACUUAUUAUUGUUUGCAUUGUUGAUGCUAAAUCUUGAUGUGUUAAUGCAAUAAAGCCACGACAGACUGCCGCAGCCUUACUGUAAGCACAUAAAAAUCUGCAGCCUCAGAUGCCUUUGUUUAUUUGUUUGUUUGUUUAUUCAGAGUGCCUUUACUGCACUGAGAGCUCUCUGGUUUCAGGUUUAGUAGAAAGUGUGCCACCCUCAGUGCAGUGGGUCACAUUAUUGUGACAUUUGUCAGGACACAAUCACAUAUGAGCCUUUUCUCACCCUCUGGGUGAUGUGACAUGCUGUGAAAGUGACUUAAAUGUUUGAAUGUCUGCUGGUUGUAAUCUGGAUUAUGGGAACGAGUUUAA